GGCAUGAGCUACCGCGCCCGGCUGUCCCAAGGAUGUUUUAGCACACUCACAACUGGCCAGGCUGGCACAGCUUGGAAGCGUCAGGCUGUAGUUUUUCUGGACCACUUACCCCAUGUAUGAGCUUGGAAGAAGUCGAGGACUCGAUCCUUGGCCCGUGGGGAAAUUGGCGGUGUCUCUGCGACCAGGGCAAGCAGGAGCGCAGCCGCGAGGUGCUAGGCACAACGUCCGGCCCGGUUUUCAUGAACCCAGAGAACCUGAUCCAGAUACGGCCCUGCCGGCAACGGGAUUGUCCAUCCUGCAAACCCUUCGACUGCGACUGGAGGCUCUGAGCCCAGGCGGGGCCCCAGAGACCGUGAAGCAGAGCUUGCAAAGCGACCCAGUCCAACGAAUUCACCACACUUAAAGCUCUCGGCUAUAACCCUUCAGGACUACAAUUCCCAGGGGGGCGCGCAGCAGCGACGUCGGCGACGGCUGCGCCCCAUGGUCUACGCAAUCUGUUAUUGUCCCCUGUCCCGCCUGGCAGAUCUGGAGGCCCUGAAAGUGGCAGACUCAAAGACCCUAUCGGAGAGCGAGCGGGAAAGGCUUUUUGCGAAAAUGCAGGAGGACGGGGACUUUGUGGGCUGGGCACUGGACGUGCUGUCUCCAAACCUCAUCUCUACCAGCAUGCUUGGGCGGGUCAAAUACAAUCUGAACUCCCUGUCCCAUGAUACAGCCACUGGGCUUAUACAGUAUGCAUUGGACCAGGGCGUGAACGUCACUCAGGUAUUUGUGGACACCGUAGGCAUGCCAGAGACAUACCAGAAGCGGCUGCAGCAAAGUUUUCCCGGGAUUGAGGUGACAGUCAAGGCCAAAGCAGAUGCCCUCUACCCUGUGGUCAGUGCUGCCAGCAUCUGUGCCAAGGUGGCCCGGGACCAGGCCGUGAAGAACUGGCAGUUCGUGGAAAAACUGCAGGACCUGGAUACUGAUUAUGGCUCAGGCUACCCCAAUGAUCCCAAGACAAAAGUGUGGUUGAAGGAGCACGUGGAGCCUGUGUUCGGCUUCCCCCAGUUUGUCCGGUUCAGCUGGCGCACGGCCCAGACCAUCCUGGAGAAAGAGGCAAAAGAUGUUAUAUGGGAGGACUCGGCACCAGAGGAUCAGGAGGGACUUGGGAAGAUCACAUCCUACUUCCUUAAUGAAGGGUCCCGAACCUGUCCCCGUGCUUCCCACCGGUAUUUCCUGGAGCGUGGCCUGGAGUCAGCAACCAGCCUCUAGCAGCUGCCUCUCCUUGCUCUACCUGUCUCCCUGACCCAGACAUUAAAGUUGUUAAAGGAAAACCACACAUAGGAGAUGUACUUUUGGGGCAGAGCGAGGUGGCAGUGUGCUCUGCAGCUGGGUCCAGCUGCUGCGUUUUGGAACCUAAUUAGAAUGAGUGUUGGUUGAUUGAUUU